AUGGAGGUGGUGACCGCUUCCCAUGGCGUGCUGGGUCCCCUGUUGGGAAAGCUCGCCGGUUUGCUUUCCGGUGAGUGUGCCCGCUUGAAAGGCGUCCGCCGCGAGAUCCGGUCGCUCAAAUCCGAGCUGACCAGCAUGCAUGCAGCGGUUCAGAAGUACAUGACGCUGCAAGAUCCUGAUGUCCAGGUGAAGGUGUGGAUAUCGCUGCUGAGGGAGCUGACCUAUGACAUCGAGGAUGUCAUCGACAAGUUCAUCUACCAGCUGGGUAAUGGCGGCCAGCACCAGGCUGGCUUCAAGGAGUUCUUCCGCAAGACUGCUCGCCGGCUCAAGACGUUGGGCUCUCGUCGUGGAAUCGCCAACCAGAUUGAAGAUCUAAAAAUUCGUCUCAAGGAGGUAAAAGAGUUGAAAAGUAGUUACAAGCUGGAUAAUGUUCCCUUUGAACAUUCAGUUGUGGAUCCCCGCUUGUCUGCUCUUUUUGUUGAGGAAGCACACCUUGUGGGCAUUGAGGGUCCAAGAGAUGAUCUUGCUAGUUGGAUGUUGGAAGAUGAAAGUAGCUCAACCAAGCAUCGCAAGGUGCUGUCAAUUGUUGGCUUCGGUGGAUUGGGAAAAACAACACUCGCAAAGGAGGUCUACCACAAGAUCAAAGGGCAUUUUCAUUGUCAGGCUUUUGUCUCCGUCUCGCAAAUACCAAAUGUAAAGAAAAUUAUGAAGGAUCUGAUCUCCCAACUGCCUUGUGAGAAAGAUUUUAAAGAAGGUAUCGACGCUUGGGACGAAACGAUAUGCAUUGGGAAGCUAAAAGAACUCUUACAACAUAGGAGGUAUCUCAUUGUUAUUGAUGAUAUAUGGUCGAUACCAGCAUGGAACGCUAUCAAGUAUGCUUUCCCGGAGAAUGAAUUUUCUAGCAGAAUUAUAGCUACUACACGCAUUGUUGAUGUAGCAAGAUCGUGUUCUCUAGAUGGUAAUGGCCGCAUGUAUGAAAUGGAAGCCCUAAGUGAUUUGCAGUCCAAAACAUUGUUUUUCAAAAGAAUAUUUGGUUCCGAGGUCCGUUGCCCUGAUGUGCUAAAACAAGUUUCAAACAAAAUACUGAAGAAAUGUCAAGGCCUCCCACUUGCAAUUAUCAGUAUAUCAAGUUUAUUGGCAAGCAAACCGGUGGUCAAAGAUGAGUGGGAGAGGGUCAGAAGGUCUAUUGGUUCAGCAUUGGACAAAGACCGAAGGUUAGAUGGAAUGAAUAACAUACUAUCACUUAGCUACAAUGACCUUUCACCUAAUCUUAAGACCUGCUUGUUAUAUUUAAGUAUAUAUCCUGAGGAUUGUGUGAUUGAGAGAGAUAUUUUGGUGAGGCGAUGGAUAGCAGAAGGCUUCAUCUCUGAAGAGCGUGGACAGAGCAAACAAGAGGUUGCCGAGAACCAUUUCUAUGAGCUAAUAAACAGAAGUAUGGUCCAACCGGUGGAAGUUGGCUAUGAUGGAAAGGCUCGUGCUUGUCAAGUCCAUGACAUGAUGCUCGAGCUCAUUAUUUCAAAAUCGGUUGAAAAUAAUUUCAUCUCUUUGGCAGGCCAGGGUCAAACUGAUUUGGCAAAGCGUGAUGGUCUUAUUCGGCGACUAUCAGUCCAGCAUAUUGACCAAGAGCUCGCAUCCAUAUUGGCAAAUGAAGAUCUAAGCCACAUACGAUCUCUGACAGUUAUAGCAUCAAGUUGCAUCAAACAAUUGCCUAGGCUUGUUGGGUUUGAAGCUUUGCGUGUCCUAGAAUUUCAAGAUUGUAAGAAUUUGCAUGAAUAUGAUAUGAAUGGUCUAGAUAAACUAUUCCAGCUGAAGUACCUGAGCUUUAGGGGUACUGACAUGUCAAAGCUACCAUCAGGAAUUGUGAGGCUAUAUGGUCUAGAGACACUAGAUCUUAGAAAUACACAUAUAGAAGAAUUGCCCACUGGAAUUAUUCAGCUCGUAAAGCUACAACAUCUACUCAUUACAAGAUGCUUUUCCCGUGAUCCUUACGGUGAAACAAAGAUACCAAAUGGUAUUGGAAAUAUGAGGAAUUUACAUGUCAUAUCAGGCUUUAAUAUUAUGAAGAGUUCGUUAUGUGCAGUCGAGGGAUUGGGGAAUCUGGCCUGUUUGAAAGAAGUGCAUCUACAGUUGGAUGGUCGAGGAUCUCAGGAAUACAAGAGGCAUGAAGAGAUGUUGCUCUCCUCACUAUGCAAGCUUGGCACAUGCAAACUUCAGUCAUUACGGAUAUUCUGUCCUGAUUCAGCACCCACCCAGUUCUUGGAUUCUUGGUCCCCUCUGCCAUAUAAUCUCCAAAUAUUUUGGGUGAACACUGGCUACUAUUUACCAAAGAUGCCAAAGUGGAUUGUACCAGCACUCACCAAUCUUGCAUACCUGGACAUUAAUUUGAUUGAAGCAACAGAGGAGGAUCUGUGCCUACUUGGAGAGAUGCCUGCUUUACUUCACCUGAGUAUAACAUUCAGGACUGUCCAAAAAGAAAGGCUUACCAUGCAAGGCGCUGCAUUCCCGUGUUUGAAGGAAUUCAACCUUAUUCGUACUUUCCGUUGUGCAAGUGCAAUUUACUUGACAUUUCAAGAAGGGUGCUGCCAAAGCUGGAGAAGCUUGAGCUGCCGUUCUUUGUUUCGGUGGCAGAUGUCCAUGGGUUCUACUUGGGUCUUGGCCACCUCCCAUGUCUGA